UGUAAAAACUGAUCCUUCAGCAACUCCUCUGGCAAACGGAUCAUUUCCACUUUCCCGUUAACACAUUUGGAGGAUACACAGUAAAGCCAUGAAUCACAUUUUAAUUGGCUUGUUUGUAUUUUAUCUUCCAAACUCAGCAUUCCCAUCAGAAAAUGGCUCCACGCCCCUCCCACGGACUUUUUCUGGCCAGCUUGUAAAGGUCUCAGAGCCAGCAGACUACAUUGAUCUGUCAGACAUAGAUGAUGGGGGCUCUGGCUCAGAGUCGGUGCAGGAGCCCAUUAAAAGACACCACAUGCACCCCCGUCAUCCGCAGAAGCACUAUUUUGUCUCAGAGGAAACCAAAGCAUUUCUCAAGGGUGGCUUGGCCACGUGUCUCAUCCCAACCAUUUACAUCUUUGUCUUCAUCAUCAGCGUGCCCCUUAACCUUGUUGCCAUGGUGAUGUUCGUACGCCACAUCCGUCCCAAGAAGCCGGCGGUGAUCUACAUGCUUAACUUGGCCUGUGCUGACCUGCUGUUCGGCCUGCUCCUCCCCUUUAAGAUCGCCUACCAUUAUCAUGGCAACAACUGGAUCUAUGGCUCCUUCAUGUGCAGAGCCGUCACUGCAGCCUUCCACUGCAACAUGUACUGCUCCAUACUGCUUGUGAUGUGCAUCAGCAUUGACCGUUUCCUGGCUGUGGUUUACCCCAUGAACUCUCUCACGUGGCGCAGCCCUCAGACAGCUUCAGUUGUGUGUGCUACUAUGUGGCUCUUAUCCCUGGGAGGAGUGCUCCCCCUCCUGACCUCAGAACAGACCUUACAUUUAUCAUCUUUGGGCAUCACCACAUGCCACGAUGUGCAGGAUGUAGGAAAGCUACAAUCUUACUAUAUUUACUUCUUCCCUAUCUACUCCUCUGUGUUCUUCUUCAUCCCUUUUAUAUUCUCUGUUGUCUGUUAUGUACGCAUCAUUCAGGCUCUGACAGAAGCCAACAUAGAGAACCGCUCCAAGAAGACCCGUGCCGUGGCUAUGGCUGUGGUUGUGCUGCUAGUGUUUGUGGUCUGCUUCACCCCCACCAACAUCAUCCUCAUGGUACACUACUGUCAACUGGCCCACAAGUCUAGUGACAAUUCCUACCAGGCAUACCUGCUCUCCAUGUGCAUAGGCAGCAUCAGCUGCUGUCUGGAUCCAGUCCUCUAUUACUUCGGCUCCUCUCAGUGCCAGAAGCAGGUGGCAGCACUGUUAAGAUGCAGGCGACUGGGAAAGAGAGCAAUCAGCACACAGACGCGCAGCACAGGAACCAGUGGACUGACAGAGAGCAGCAGAUCAUGCAAGAUGGAGAGUGUUCCGACUGAAAUGGGGAGCCAUUACAGCAGGCUGAUGGCUUGAGUAAACGGACAUGUGAAGAGUAGCACUGAAAAACUGUUCAGACUUUCAACUGCAUCCACACUAUAACAGACUACUUCAGACUCACUCUUUGCUCGAACUGUUAUGUAGAACUGCACAAGGUGGAUUAAAAGAAAUUUGAAACUUGCUUUGAUGCAGAAGUUAAGAGUCCAGUGGCAGCACUGGAUUUAUUUGUACCAGAAUAAGCAUAUUGGAUCAGUGUUUACAUGCAAACAGUUAGCUUCUGUUAUCUUAAGAUAUACUUUGACAUCACUUUGACAGUGUGGAAUAUGUUGGACUUGUUCCACAGUAAGAAAAGCAAAAAAAUGUUUUUUUUAAACAGUUUCUUUUGAAUAUUUGUACCGUAUGUGUUUCCAGUGAAUUAUGGAUAUUACAGUUAGUGCUCGUUAAUAAAACAGUUUUAAUCUCUAAAAAAAAAAAAAAAAAUCAUGCAUGAUGUAGUUAUAACUGCGUUGUGCUAAGACACAAACUGCUUUU